GUUAAGCUUUUCUAGUUUUAUUUUCAACCACCGCGCACUCACACACACUCUCCGACGAUAUUUUCCUUCUCUGUUUUUUUUUUCCUUCGCCAUCAAGCCGGAUUCGAGGACGGAGGGAUCAAUGGAGGAGGAGGGGGAGGGCCUCUGCGAGAUCGCGCGGUUGCCGGAGGAGCUCCUCUCCGCCGCGAUCUCACGCGCCUCGCCGCGGGACGCCUGCCACGCCGCCGCCGUCUCCCCGGCGUUCCGCGCCGCCGCCGACUCCGACGCCGUCUGGGCUAGCUUCCUGCCGCGCAAUCUCCCCGAUCUCGCCGACGGCGAGCUCUCCCCCGCGCCGGCUUCCAAGAAGGAGCUCUUCCUCCGCCUCUCCGAUGGCCCCUACCUCCUAUCAGACCGGCUCAUGAGUAUGUGGUUGGACAGGGAGACUGGGGCCAAGUGCUACAUGCUCUCGGCCAGAUCGUUGGUGAUUAUCUGGGGCGAUACACCGCACUACUGGCGCUGGAUUCCUCUCACCGACUCUAGGUUUGCAGAAGGUGCUGAACUCAUAGAUGUGUGCUGGUUGGAAAUCCGUGGCAGGAUACACAGCAAGAUGCUCUCCCCAAACUCAACUUAUGCCGCAUACAUGGUGUUUAAGAUAGCUGAUGAGUUCUAUGGGCUGGAUGCUCCAUUCCAGGAGGCAUCAGUCAGCCUGGGAGGUAGGGGAUCAACAAAAAUUGUUUGUGUCCAAAGCUAUGACAGCGAAGAUGAGGAGGUGCCUGAGAAUUACUGGCCUAUGAGUAUUGGUCCAUUGCUGCGACGAAGGGCCAGGAGAAGAGACCGUCGUCUAGUUCUUGAUGAAGGUGUAACGGUCCCUCAGAAAAGGACUGACGAGUGGAUGGAGCUGGAGAUGGGUGAGUUCAUCAACGAGGAAGGUGAAGAUGGAGAGGUGUGCUUCAGCCUGAUGGAGACCAAGGGAGGCAAUUGGAAGAGAGGUCUUAUUGUGCAGGGCAUUGAGAUCAGACUUAAGAAAUCUGGCUGAUGAACUUCUAAGAUCAAGGCGCGUGUAAUUAAAUAAGACUCAUAAUGCGCCAUUUUUUUUGUUUGUGGUUUUGGCUUUUGUUGCCAAUGCUGUGCAAAACUACAGGUGUGUUUCUUUUUUCUUGCGGGCAAACUGAACUUUCUGCCGAGAAGAAAAUACCAUAGUGCGAUGCUUGAUAAUAGCCUACAUUUGGUUUGCAAAAUAUAAUUAAAAGAAGCGGUUGCCAUUUUAAAUCU